AUGGAUAAUGAUCCUACUUUCGAGGAAUACAGUUGGUUACCUUCGGUAAAUACUGUACCUCAGCAUCCAUAUCCCACGCCUAUCCCAUUCUCCCCAACCCAACCCCCCCAAGGCUUCCAGUAUAUGCCUGCACCGUCAGCCUAUGGAUCAGGGACUACCGCGCCGAAGGUAGCUAUCCCUCGUCUAGCUGGAUCUGACACGUUACAUGGGCGUCGACGGUCAGCGCGGGCCUGUGAGCCCUGUCGCCAGCGAAAGAUCAAAUGCGAUGGUAUCCGGCCGUCGUGCGGACAGUGUGUUUAUCACAAUCACACCUGCUCCUACGAGGACGUCAAACGAGUGCGUGACCAGAAACGACUAGGCUCCUUAGUCAAGCGAGUGGAUACAUACGAAGCCCUUCUUCGAGACUUAGAAGCCGAGGCGGACCCCCUCACAGCCCGGAAGAUCAAAAAAGCAUUGAAGCCCAAAAUUGGGAAAUCCUCUAGAAAUAAUGUCGACGACUCCGAUGAUUCUUCGACUUCCAUGGGUUCACUCGAUGCUAUCGACCAGGUUGACGAAGAUCUGGAUCGGAACGAGGAUACCCGUGCUGUGGGAUUCUUUGGCAAGAAUUCAGAGGUCAAUUGGAUUCGCAAGCUAGAGAGCGGCGUAGGUAUCAAGAGUCCGCAGAAACAUCUAUCGAAUCCUUUCCAUGUGGAGAGCCACCAUGAUCCAGUGUCUAUUCAGCAGCGGCAGAAGUCAUUGGAAAGGCAGAUUCCCACGUCUAUGAUGGAUUAUCAUCUUGACAGCUUGGAUAUCCCAUUGAUUGAGCCAUGCGACCCAUUAGCUCUGCCUACGCGGGAAUUAGCAGACCGAUACCUCGACGCCUAUCUGAUCAACGUUCAUCCGACAUUCAGCGCAGUUCGGAGGAUGACUUUUAUUUCCCAGUAUCAGCAAUUCUUCAACAACGGAUCGACGCCACCCCGGAAAUGGCUGGCCAUUCUGAACAUGAUCUUUGCCAUUGGUUGUCGAUACUGUCGACUUAUAGAGGACCCCCAAAGCGCCGGCGAGGAAGACUUGAUAUACCUGACUCGGGCGCGCCAUCUCAGCCUGCAUAGCAAUGUGCUAUUCGAGCACACCGAUCUCCAACAGAUCCAACUCGAACUCCUUGUCGCAGUUUACUUGCUUUGUCUGGGCCAGGUCAACCGAGCAUCCAAAUUCUCCAACAUGGCUCUCCGGUCAGCUCUAUCCCUCGGCAUCAAUCUUCGCCUAACAGACGACCGCACCAAACAUGCCGCCAAAGAAACCCGCGGCCGCCUCUGGUGGUCCAUCUACUCCCUCGAACACCUCCUAGCUUCAAUGACCGGCCGCGCCUCCUGCGUCGGCGAAGGCCUUUGCUCUAUCCCCACACCUCUUCCCUACGAAGAGGAAGCCUUCGACCAACCCGACGCCAAACGCCUCCUCCAAGACCCCGCCCUCCGCGAAGCCCGACUCCGCGCCACCCUCUUCGAAUCCCCCAGCCAAUACCACUCUCCCUCAUGGGUGACCACCUGCCCACCCUGUCCAUCUCUCUUCUUCAACUUCCUCGUCGACCUAAAUCUCAUAACCCAAGCCCUCAUGAACAAAGUCUACAGCAUCGAAGGCCUCCGGAAAGGCCCCAGUCAAGUAGAACACCAAGUCCAAAAAUUCGCCCUCCAAAUGGACCGCUGGCUCUCAAAACUUCCCUCCUUCUAUCAAUUCACCGUUCCAGAUGCAAGCCCCUGGCAUCUAAGUCACCACCAACUAGACAACCAUUCCGCACCUUUCAUCCGCGAACGGGUCUGUCUAGCAAUGCACUACUACUCCUCCCGCAUCAUCCUCUGCAGACCAUGUCUAAGUCACAUCCACCAAACCCCCCGCCACGCCUCCCAAACCGGUGAAAAUACCGCGCGCGGGAAACUUCGCACCGAAAUGGCAACACACUGUCUACAAGCUUCUUGCACACUCAUCUCCAUCCUGCCAGAGGAUCCGAAUAUAGCAUGGCUGGCCCGCACCGCGCCCUGGUGGAGCAUCCUUCAUUUCGUCAUGCAGGCGACGACUGCUCUAUUACUGGGUUUAUCCCACUGUUCUGGUGCGCACGCAUCCAGCAGCCCUGAUCGCCCGAAUCCACUCCCCAGCCCGACUACACCGUCGCAGGCGGGGACUUACCCCCUACUACUAGAGACGGAUCUGAGUACGGCUAUUGGGGCUGCGAGGAAGGCGCUUGCGUGGCUUCAUACUACUGCUUUUGUAGACCCGGCGGCGCGUAGGGCGUUUCUGCUUUGUGAUGGAAUUGUCAGGAAGAUUGCGCCUGGAUUAGGAAUUGAUUUGAGUGAAUGGCCCGAUGGAAGUUCUUUUGAGGGGAUGGAUAAGAGGGAGAGGGGGUCUAGUGGGAAUUGGAAUUGGAAUUGGAAUGGGGAUAGUAGUGGAAGCAAUGCACAUGAUAGUGGGAGUGGGAUGGAGGCGUUUGAGGAGUUGGUUGAUUUUGAAGGUGGUGUUUUCUAG